GAUCACUGCAGAAAGAAUCGACAAAGAUAUAUUCUAAGAUAUGCUCAGUUGCGUUAUAAAAUGACUCCACAUUUCGAUGGAUUUACCUAUAUGUUCGUGAUCUUGUAUUGAAUAACUGCUUGGACGGGAGGUGAAAGAUAAAUAAGAAUGUAUGGGUUCAUCAACCAAUGUGUUAAGUCGCUUGUUGAAGAUAAAUUUGGAACAGAAGCAUGGAUAAAAAUCAGAGAACUCGCUGAAGUUGACGAUGGGUUUAUUAGUCAUGGUUGCUAUGACGACGGUGUCACUCUCCGACUUGUUACGGCAGCUUGCGAAGUUGCAGGCCUAUCGACAGAUGCUGUGUUGGAGGCUUUCGGGGCACAUUUUUUUACUUUUUGUCAGAUGUCGGGCUAUGAUGAGAUGCUGAGGGCGCUUGGAGGCAGUCUAAAGGCAUUCCUGGAAAAUCUUGAUUCUCUACAUUCCUACCUCAGUUUGUCGUACAAAGAGAUGGAAGCACCUUCUUUUAGAUGCGAGAAAGGCGAGGGCAAUGCUCUUCUGCUGCACUACUACUCUCAUCGGAAAGGCCUGCAUCCAAUUGUUGUUGGUAUCGUUAAGGCUGUUGCUAAAGAGUUUUUUGAGAGUGAAGUUCGGAUGAAAGUAAUAAGUAAGACGCACGAAGAAGAGAGGAAUGGAAAGAAAGAGCACGUCGCAUUCGCAAUAUAUCAGCGCAAAGUACGCCGUGUGGAACCGGGCCCGCCAAAAUUCGUGGCGCAGACAAAGAAACACAGCGAGAUGCAUCUCAAUAAAGAGCAUAGUUUUGAUUUGUCAAACGAUGAAUGGGAGCAGCUUCUGGAUGUUGACCAAGUAAUGAAAAACAUUGAAGCGAAUAAGGAUGGAUUGAAAGGAUCUCCAGGCAGGAAAGGAUGGACGGCAAUACGAUCUUUAGUUACACUGGCUGGGCUCCACGGGAAUGAAUUUACCCCUGCUUACCCUGAAAAACUUUGGAUGGAUCAACAAACGUUCUGUGAUUAUUUCCCAUAUCAUCUUGUAUUCGAUUGUGAUUUAAAAGUCCUCCAGGCUGGAGUUCACAUUCAGCGCAUAUUGCCAAGAUUACGGGGAUUUGAAAAUAGUUGCGUGAAUGAAUUUUUUUCAAUGGUCCAUCCACAAAUAGACUGGAAUAUCAAAAGUAUACAGAAGUUUAUUAAUAUGCAGUUUGUCUUAGAGACAAGACGACGGAUGAUUACGCCUCAUUGGGGUGACUCGAGGCCGAUGUUGCAGCUUCGAGGUCAGAUGAUAUGGAUGCGUCACAUUGAGGCCAUGGUUUACAUUUGCUCACCCAGAGUCGUAAAUUUGAAAGAACUGGAGGAGCGACAUUUGCACUUGUCUGAUAUCCCCUUCCAUGACGUCACACGCGAUUUGAUAUUAUUCAAUCAUCAGCGGCUUGCAGAGAUCGAGCUUGGAAAACAACUGGAACAGAAGAAGGAAGAGCUACGAACAGCCAUGCAGGAAUUGGCCAAUGAAAAGAAGAAAACAGAUAUGCUGCUGAACUCGAUGUUACCGCGCCAAGUUGCGGAACAGUUGAGAGAAGGCAAAAAAGUUGAAGCCGGUAAAUUUGCAUACAUAGACACCCUUGGUAAACGACCAAGAGAUUCAAUCCUUGACGGGUGUUUAGGAAUGCGAGGCUUCCAUUUCACAAGUCGGGGGGAGAUUAUCGUCAAAGGCAAAGGUCAGAUGUCAACAUACUUUUUAGAGGGAAAUGAGAAUGCGACUAUCGAUGAAAUUCUUGGUAGGGGGCAAACGUCAGAUACUGAAAGUAGUUCAAGUAGAGGGAGUACACCAGAAAAAGGGGACAAAGCAAAGGAAUCUCCUACAACACCAGCCAAGAAAGAUAUCAGAAAUUCAGCAAAUGACAAGGUAAUACCAAUGGUCUAUCCAGAUGACAUAGCUUCACCCGACAAAUCAAAGCUUAAGCCUGGCGGAAAUGUUUACUCCACUGUGGACCGAGCGCCCUCUAAAGGUUCUUUGCGAUCAAAUUGUUAUAGGUGUUUAGGAAUGCGAGGCUUCCAUUUCACAAGUCGGGGGGAGAUUAUCGUCAAAGGCAAAGGUCAGAUGUCAACAUACUUUUUAGAGGGAAAUGAGAAUGCGACUAUCGAUGAAAUUCUUGGUAGGGGGCAAACGUCAGAUACUGAAAGUAGUUCAAGUAGAGGGAGUACACCAGAAAAAGGGGACAAAGCAAAGGAAUCUCCUACAACACCAGCCAAGAAAGAUAUCAGAAAUUCAGCAAAUGACAAGGUAAUACCAAUGGUCUAUCCAGAUGACAUAGCUUCACCCGACAAAUCAAAGCUUAAGCCUGGCGGAAAUGUUUACUCCACUGUGGACCGAGCGCCCUCUAAAGGUUCUUUGCGAUCAAACCCAGGAACGCACACAAACGCUCACCAGGGUGGAAUAACGUCGAUACGAGAGCAAACAGAACCGGGCGAGUCAACAACACCAACAACGAGCAACAACAUCGACGACACGCCCUCACCAGCACCUUCGGGUCACAAGGAGUCAAAGGCGUGUAAGAUACUUUAAAAUCCACAUUUACGAAAGUACUAGAAUAUCUCGUAUUUUUACUUGGUUCGUCCACACUUUGCAUUACCUUAGAAUACUAGAUGCAGUUCAACAACGAAUUGCAUCUACUUCUCUAUGUUUUUGCAAAUUUAGCAUAGGGUAUCAGAUGCAAGUCCACGCUGAAUAAAAAUUGUCAUAAAAAAUAAUAUUAAACGUUAAAUAUACCAAAGGUUCAAGAUUUGAAAAUGGUUAUUACGUCAAAUCGACAUGCUGUAAAUAUUGAGAAAAUAUUGUUUAAAUAUUAUUGGAUUUAUAUUUCGUUACACUGCUAAUUAAUAGAUCUAUUUAUUUGUUGGAACUUUAAUAAAAUAUCAGGGUUCCAUUGAUUAGAUGUAAUAAUACUUUAUGUAUAUUUUUAUUUAUUGUCAUUUAUCAUUUAGUCUGUAAAUGUGAAUUAAGUUAAAACGUAACUGUUCCUCAAUAAAAUAUGUAUUAUACUUCUGAUAUUACUAUCCAAGGUAUCUGACAAUGAGGAAUCGAUAGGAAUUUGUUUAAAUCGGAUGUUUUGUUGAACUGAUUAAUUACAAUAAUUUAAUGAUACAAUGAUUAUGACAGAGGCCUAAUAUCACAUAAAACGCAGCGUUGUUAACUAACUACAGUGUUUCAGAGAUUGCCUUUUCAAAGGUUAUAUUUUGAAGAUGAUUAUGUAUGUAUAUACGUUUGGAGUAAGUACAGUACAUACUACAACCCUAAUGGAAAGUAAUGAUAAUACCGGUGAAAAUAACCAGCUUAAUACAAACUGGACAUAGCGCCCUCUCGUGUCAGUAAAAUAAUAACAGAUCCUAUGACCAAUAAUCAAACACGAUCUUUAAUUAAAGCAUACCCGAAAGUGCAUUCUGCCAAUACUACAACGGUAGUCCGUUUGUAAUUAUGUAUCCAUCAGCAUGUUUGAAAAAAAAAUACGCAGAAGUGAUAAUACGGUACGUGACCCAACCAAUUUGCUCUUAUUUUACAAGUAUUUUUUAACGACGAUUUGAUACGUGUUGGCAAGUUAAAUUUCAAGAUGGGCACAAUAACACUAGAAGAAUAUAGACUAGAUUGCUAGAGUGUUAAGAAAGUUAUCUUUGUUUGUGGAUGGUUCAAAAAUGCAAAAACCAUUUUUAAUAUCUAUAUUGAAAGUACGCAUCAUACAUUUCAUAUCCAAAGAGAAUAAAGCAGCAUGUCGUAUUUACGGUACGGUGUAUGCGCUAAACUGGAACAUUUUCAGACCUUUUGUCUGCUUUACCAUUGUUUUUAGCUUUAAAAAAAUUACAGUAGCGCAUGGUCUUUGGGAAGAGAAGUUUUAAGCUCUAUCCACACUAUCAAAUUUUCUUUGACAAAAAAAAUUGACAUGCCCAUAUAUGGUAAUGCUAUGCCUAUAUAUGGUCAUGGUGUGAUGUCAUCAUGCCUAUAUAUGGGCAUAUCACACUUUU